AUGAAGAAAGACCUCAAUAGUAUUAAGAGGAAAAUCAGAAAUAACGAUCUAGUUAUGGUAAGAGCGGACAAAGGUUCUUGUAUGGUAAUAUUGGAAAGGAAUCUCUACAUAAGAAAAGUCGAGGAGUUCAUGAGGGAGAAUGGCUUUGUAAAAUUGAAUUACAACCCUACAUCCCAAUUGACCAAUAGAAUAAAAAACUUCAAGAUAUCUGAAGAAUUCGAGAACACAUUUGGUAAAUAUAAAAGUUUAAUCCAUCCGAAUCCAAGAGUUCCCAAAUUGUAUGGUUUGCCAAAACUGCACAAGGUCAACAUCCCAAUAAGACCUGUUGUGAGCUACACAAACACACCUGCUUAUAGGGUCAGCAAAUUUGUGAACGAUGCACUAAAGGAGUUGAGUGAAUUUGAGCCCAAAUACAGCAUAAAGAACAGUGGCCAAUUGGCGGAAUCAUUGAAGGAUUUGCAGAUACCGGAUAAUGCAAAGCUUAUCUUCCUCGAUGCAAAAAAUCUGAUUACAUCGAUCCCUCCUAAGGAAUGCAUCCUAUUAAUAGAGAAAGAACUGUUGAAGAAAAGUGUCAACUCCGAUUUGAAGAAGGACAUCAUAGACAUGCUUAAAUUGUCACUAGAACAAAACUUCUGCCAGUUCAACAGUCAAGAUUACAGACUGGAAGAGGGAUUACUCAUGCGAGCACCCCCCAUCAUCCCUAUUAUGGAUUACUUAGAACAGAUCUUAUCCAAUCUAAGAGCACCAAUAAUUCGUCACAUCUUUAGGUAUUAUAGGUAUGUGGAUGAUAUCUUUUUGAAAACGAAAAAAAGUUUCUUUGUAUAA